UGUAUCAGAAAGUAAAUUAUCUUUAUUCUUAGAUGAAAAUAUAUGGCCUGAAGGCAUUAUAUUUAGGCGUUUCGUGCAUUUUAAAAGCAAAUAUGUAAGAGAUAUGUCAACAAAAACGGCCACAAAUCAAACAUAUAAUGCAUAGCACCUUUACGUUAACUAGUUUUAACUGUAAAAACGUUAAACGUUCCGUCGAUAACAUACGAGAAAUGUGCCGUUUUUCUGAUAUCAUUGCGCUUCAGGAGACGUGGCUGUUACCGGAUGAGAUCCAGUACCUGAGCACUAUUGACAGAAAAUUUAGUUCAACUGGUACUUCUGCCGUUGACACAGCAGCUGGCUUGCUGCGUGGCCGCCCGUACGGAGGUGUUGCGCUGUUAUGGCGCAGUGACGUGUUUCAAAACGUAUCUGUUAUACAGUGUAAUAAUCCGCGCGUGUGUGCCAUUAAAAUCGUUACAAACGACAGACCUAUUGUGGUAAUUAGUGUCUACAUGCCCACAGACUCGCCGGAUAACCUGUCGGACUUUACGGACUGUCUGGGUACGUUGGGACCAUCGGGGGAGAUGCUCAAUGCUGAGAAACCUGAAGGAAAGGUGGCUUACGUUUUAGGGCCAAGGACGUGGAGGAACGUGAUCAGACACAUGUCGCGAGGUAAGUCCCCUGGCCAUGAUGGUCUGAGCAUUGAGCACCUUCAGUACGGUGGUGCUCAUAUUUCGCGAGUGUUAUCACUAUUCUGUAACCUAUGUAUGAGUCAUAGUUAUUUACCACCCGAUUUAAUAAAAACCAUAGUGAUACCAGUUGUUAAAAAUAAAUCUGGGACAUGUCGGAUCUGGGCAACUAUAGGCCGAUAUCCUUGGCCACCAUUAUAGCUAAAGUACUUGAUAGAUUGCUUGAGAUACAGUUAAAUAAACAUCUUCAAAUACAUGACAAUCAGUUUGGGUUUAGGCCCAAACUCUCAACCGAAUGUGCAAUUAUGUGUCUCAAGCAAACUGUCAGAUAUUAUACAGAUC